AUGAAGGGUUUGUACCAUUGGAUCAGAUUUUGUUUGCAGUUCGGAUAUGCUGGUUUUCAUAAAACAAUUGAGAAUGCUUGCUCACAAAGACAAAACAAAAAGCAAAAGUGUGCUUCUGUCUCAAAGGGAGUUGCAAACGUUUUCCUCGUUCUCGUUUUUGCUUCACUUGCUAUUGGGGUCUUGUCAGGUCCAACUUACAACGUUACAGGCUACGGAGCCAAAGGAGAUGGCAGAACGGAUGACACCCAGGCAUUCAUGGCUGCAUGGAAUGCGGCAUGCACGGAUUCUAAAGCUGGGACGUCCGUCCUUGUACCUGCGGGGAAGACAUUCUUGCUAAGUGCAGUGUCCUUCAAGGGGCCUUGCAAAUCUUCUAUCCAUGUACAGAUUGAUGGAACUAUCUUGGCACCCAAUAAAACUUGGAUAUUAAACAAAGUACACUGGAUCAACUUUAUGUUCAUUAAGGGUCUAACCAUCGCUGGAUCGGGCGUGAUUGAUGGUCAAGGUGCCAUUUGGUGGCAUUGUAUAGCUCAGAAGCAAUGUGCAACAGCGCCCAUGGCCUUCAAUAUUGGAAAUUGCAUGCACGUCCAGCUGUCAGGCUUAAGUUUCAAGAACAGUCCCAUGAUGCAUGUAACCGUACACGACACUGUUGGUGCCAAUCUUACCAAGCUCCGCAUAUCAGCUCCUGCAGAUAGUCCAAACACAGAUGGCGUGCACAUCGAAAGAAGCCAGGAGGUGCAAAUCACUCAUUCUACCAUCGGUACAGGAGAUGAUUGCAUAUCCAUUGGAAGCGGCACUUACAACCUAAAUGUCAGUUGGAUAGACUGUGGUCCAGGCCAUGGCAUAAGUAUUGGAAGCUUGGGUAGAAAUGGCUCCAUAGCACAAGUGGAGCAAAUUCAUGUUUCCUCCUGUAAUUUCUACCAGACUACCAAUGGUGCAAGAAUAAAGACAUGGCAGGGUGGACGUGGUUAUGCAAAAGGUAUAUCGUUUAAGAAUCUCACUAUGUUUUCGGCGAGGAGGCCCAUAAUAAUAGAUCAAUAUUAUUGCGAGCAUCGCAACAACUGUGCCAACAAGACGUCGGCCGUUCAAGUGAGCAAUGUGCAGUUUGACGGAGUUGCAGGUUCAUCAGCUGACAAUGAAGCCAUUGUUCUAAGGUGCAGCGAAAGCACAGCUUGCACAGGCAUUACAUUGGCGAAUGUAAAUAUCACAUCUGCAGACCCUGCAAGGCCAGCAACAGCCUUCUGCUUGAACGCACAUGGAAAGACACGCGGUACGGUCAUCCCUGCAGUCCCCUGUUUGGACGGGCGAUGAAGUAACUGCUUCUUGGAAAACAUCAAUCACUUGUAUCAACAGA